GUAUGUGAAACUUUCGUAUUUAUAAGUACUGUCUUCCACAUCAUAUCUCGAAAGAAUGAAUUGAGAACCAAAUAUGCCUCUACGUUUUGAAAAAUCAUUUACAACUUUCUCUUGAUGCAAAUUUAUUCGGUACAUCGCAGACAAAGCCUAAAUUAUUCAACUGUCCUUUUCAUCGCGCACAAACGAAACCUACGAAAUUACUUUCGCUACUCCUUCGUUAAGUCACUUGUAUUAUGGUUAAUGAUAAGCGCAUUUAAUUGCUUUCCUAAAACUUUACUAAAUUAUAAUCACCUUUUCACGAGUAGCGAAACAAUUUCAAGCGGUUGCAUGCAUUUUCUCCAUAAUCUCGCUAUCUAUUUUAAUACAUUUAGCAAGCGGCAUAAUAUUCCCGUCGUAUCUCCUUUGAGAGUGUCUUUAAAAAGCAAUAACAGAAGAACUUACAAUAACAUUUUAGUGCAAAUUUUGGAUUGUUGUCAAAAAUGACUUCUCUUUGAUUUCAAUAACCAAAGAAACAAUUUCACAUAUGUAAGAUUAGGCAUUUUAUUACAUUAUUUAGAAUAUGUGCAGUAUUUAAAAUAUUUUACAAUUACAAUAGUAGAACACAUUCACAUUUUAGUUUUGUGAAAUAAAACAAUAACAUUGUGAUUUUAAGAAAGGCGGAUAAUUCUAAAUUUAUAAUGAGCCAAUCGAUUAUUGUUAUACGGUAGCGGAUAAUAUUUCUUAAACAUACUCAUCAAGCGUUUAUCAACUUCUUCUCUCCGUUACGUUAUGAUAGUUUCCACGGAUUUGCUCGUCGUAAUUCUAUCAAUGCUGGCUGAAUUAUAACUAUGCUGAGUGAUCGAAGAAAAUUUACGGUGAUGUGGUCGAAAAAACAAUGUGGCCGUACAUUGCCGAUAGAGCUCGCACGUCCUGCGAUAGCUUCAAAGUGAAGCUGCCGGCAGCAAAGAAACGGGAGAGGGAGAGAGAGAACGAGUCGGUGUGCCGUAAGCUCCUCGCCCUGUUCCAUCACCGCAAGCCUCGGGAUCCACUUCGCGGCUCCAGCUCUGCCUCGUCGGUGCCCCUGCUCGAUAUGGGCGCCAGAGCAUGGGACUACGAGGCCUUACCGGAGCUCCACACCUCGACAGCGGUUACGCCGACCUCGACGCCGCCGAAUGCGUCCCAGCAGAAGGCGCCCAGGGUAUAUUUUCAAGCAGAGAAUCUGGCGUCCACCAGGCGAAGGAGCAGCAGCAGACUGCUGACGCCGCAGCAGUCCUGCAGGAGACGCAGCCGGAGCAUGAGCGCCUGGAGCGAUCUGUCCAGGUCGUCUUUCAGGUUGGACGAAAGGUAAGUGCGGGUCCAUAUUCUUGCUAUUUUAAUUCUGCGUUAUACGUAAGUAAUUAAAUCAAUAUUAUCAAUUGCUAUUGAUUUUAUCGAGCAUAAAGUAUAAAGCGAAUUGAAUCCAAUUGCAUUGAAUUUUUCAAAUCGAUGCUAUAUGACAUAAUAGCAAUUAUGCUAAAUGUGUCAUUGAGUGAACGUGUUGCAAAAAAUAUCGAAUAUGAUUGUGAAUACCAUAAAAAAAAUAGUUUCUUUGUUGCUAGACAUAAACCACCAGCAUGUUUAUGGAGAACUGUAACAAAAUUGCUUACUAUUAUUUGAACAAUCGUUCAAAUAUAAAAAAAAUAUAAUAAUGUUUAUAUGGAUAACUCUUAAUAACUUGCAAUCAACUAUUAAUUAAGCAUUUUUUACAGAAAAGAAAUCAGGGAUUAACAAAAUUAACAAUAGGCUUUUUAUAUUAUGCGAGUAAUUUAGAGUUUGAUUACAUAAAUUUGAACCCCUAUUUGAUGAGGCAAUC